AUGAUGAUAAAGAAAAUCUAUCUAAAAGCAAAAGUCUUGGCAGAAUUAGAUAUUAGGAAGGCUGUGGCAGAAGCUGAAAAGGCCGAAAUUGAGGCUAGAAAGAUCAAGAUCUUAUAUAGCAGAAUUGGAUAUUAG